AUGGUCAGUGUUAAGAAUUUCGAAAAUAGAGCUUCUAGCAAGGCCGAGUUCAAUGAAGUGUUACGCAGUGCGAGUGUUUUCUUUGACGGCGUCGAGAGCGGUCUCAUAUUCGGUGAAAUGAUAGGGCUUAUGGCUCAAGCCGUUGGUCAGGGUAAUGCGACGGACGCAGAACGUAAUGAGAAAUUGGCACUUGUCCAAUUUAUCAUGACACAUUUUAAUAUCCGGGAUGAGGAAAUGAUAACCGUCCACGCGCCUCUAACUGCCCUGUCUAUCUUAGCAAUGCUCGAGGACGUAAGAGACCAUAGAAGCGCAUCUAAAACACCAAAUGGAAGCGGCGCCUCGGCUGUUCAGUCCCAGGCGCUCGAUAUUGCUCGUAAUUUAAUCGAGCUCGUUCCUCAGCGAGCGUUCCCAAACAGGUCAGGAGAGCGAGGCUCGGUUGGAUCCAUGGAGGGGCCGGUAGUGGCCUCUAUGUCAAACAGCGAGGUCCUUAAAAGGGUUAAGAACUUCUAUGACGCCGAUCAAGGAAAUCUCGAGGCUACACCAGCGCCUUUUGCGCCGCGGACCGUAGGAGCUCUCCUUAUUGAAAAGGCGUGCGGCCUGACCUGCGACAGUCUAACGACCACCAACCAGGAGGCCGCGAUAUCCGUUAGAAGCCGACUCAUGGGGCUUCUUCUAUCUAAAAUCCCCGAAGAGUAUACGAUAGAUACCGCAAAACUACUCUCUGCUAUGCAAGCACGGUUAUCAGCACCUAACAUACCCUUCAUCUCGUUUAAAUCAAUCCUUUUUCUCUCUACGCAACUUUAUACCGAUGAACGAAGCCAAUUAUUUAUGAUGGUAAAGAAUUGGUUGAACACCAUGGUUGGUAUUGAUAAGCUAUUCUCGAUUUUCGUCACAAAAAUAUCGCAACUUAAGUUCCUUCGAACUUUCCCUCCGUCGGCUAAUCCCGUUGGGUCGAGCCAAUCUGUUGAAUUCUCAGCGGAAGAUGACCUUGACCUAGCACUCUAUUAUCUUCGUACCUUGUCCAACAUAUUCCGGUGGGCCCCCGACGCGUUCUGGGGAGUCCUUGCGACGAGAACAAUUGAGGAACCUAAUCAGAGUCUAAUAGAAAUAGCUGGUACGGAAAAUAGCUUAUCCCUCCUAGAAUUCUUCCUACGCGUUUGCAUGCGAUGUAUUGCUGGCAAUAUACUUCCGAGUGAUAAGCACCUACAGCUUCGAAUAACUCAACUUCAUCGUUGCGCAUUGAAUUUUCUACACCAGAUUCUAUUAAAUCCUUACGCGGAUGGAUUGUCUCGUCUAAAAUUAGAAGACACCUUAAUUGAUCGUCUCACCCAGUCCCUUGGAGGACCUGACCCGUAUAUUCAAGUACUUCUACUCGACGUCACCUUCGACGCGCUGAAACUUCGAGAUGCAUCACCCGUGGAACCACCGUCUUCGCCAAUGGGAGAGAAGCGGGCUAUGAGCUACGCAUCCGGUAGCGUGCGGUUGUCUGCAGCAUCCCUCGAGCAUUUUCCUGAGAUAACCCCACCACCGCCUUCAUUAAUUAAAUGUAUACAAGCCGGUCUUGAGUCGUCCAGUAGUCGGCCUGUCCUAGACAGCUGGGUAGGCUUCCUCACAGAGUGCUUGCCCUUCUAUUCAGACUCUAUCUUCCAAGUUCUUAUUCCUUUAGUGGAAACGCUUUGCGGUCAGGUUGCCGGUACAUUUGGCAACCUACAAGAGACUUUUAAGCAAAAUGGGAAGCCACCAGAGCGGAUUAACGCUCCGGAAUCGACUCUUAUAUCAUUACUCAACGCACUCGAGCAAGUUCUCGCUAAGGCGCAUGACCAACUGCUGGCCGCAGAAGCUAGGGUUCAGGCUAUAAAGAGUCCUGAUCAGCCUCAAGGAUUCUUCGGGAACAUGGUAUCUGGUGUGUUCAACUCAGAUGCUCCUCAGUCUCGAAGCGCGACAGCCAAUGACAGGCUGACUGUUCUGCUUGCCUUCCAGGAUGCUGUCCGGAUGUGCUUCAAGAUCUGGUCUUGGGGACAAGGAAGCGAAGCUACUAGCCUAGAUAUUGACUCGGCUUCCUCGUUCAAAUACACAUCGCUGCGCAUGCGAAACCGGGCUAGACGCCUACUAGAACACGUAUUCGCCGCCGAAGCAUUAGAAUGCUUAGAGACGGUAGUUGAUAUCUGGCGGAAUUCCUUGACUGAUCCUGACACAACAAAACACUCGGAAGUAUUCAAUUUACUCCCUGCUCUGGAUGGAUCUCGUCCAAGGCAUACUAUCCCCGCUAUCUUUAACGCGAUAUAUAGCCGAUCAAACCCGAGCGCGUUAGAGACAUCUAGGAAGUCAACAUUAACUAUCGAACUACAAGAUACAGAUCUAGUCAUCUUCUUAGUUGAUUAUGCUCGGUCUCUUGAAGAUGACGCGAUGGACGAAAUCUGGCAAGAUUGUAUGAUCUUCUUAAGAGAUCUAUUAGGCAAUCCUUUCCCGCACAGGCAGACAUUACCAAGUCUCUUGGAAUUCGCAGCAAUUCUAGGAGAGAAGGUCGACAACACAAACUUCGGGGAGCAAAGAAAGAUGCGAAGGGAGCUCGGGGAUCUUUUUCUGAGACUGCUGACAGCUAUUUUCACCACGAGACCAGCGUCCUUUACAGAUGGCCAAUCACCCCUACAGUCGGAGAAGUCCAAAGUCGGUGAGAGUCGUCUUAUAUUGCCAGCCGAGAGGGCAGAUGACGUGGUCGGCAUCUUAUCUCACAUCGUGCCUAACCUACCCAAAAUCCUCGUAGAAUCUGAUCGCGUUUUGACAGCAGCAGGCGCUAUUUCUACAAACGUGAUUGGCCCCUCUAUCCGUUCAAAGGCCUUUCCCGACACUAUUUCCAAGAGCACAUUAACUCUACUUCAAGAGUUGACCAGGCUCCCAAAUAAUCAGAAAACCUGGAAGAAGGAUAUCGGUGACGCUUUUAACGAUUCUAGAUUCUUCAACUCGUCCGUUAUUCUAGUACGAAGCGACUGGUUACCCCUAUUAAAACUUUGGACAGUUGCAGAUAAGGAACGGAUGCCGGAAAUACUAGGACGAAUAACACCACCCACAACAGCCGGUAUAGUCUUCGGAGUAGGUGCUACUUCGGCAAGAUUAGAAGCGGACCGAAAGACACAGCUCAAUCUGCGCCGCGUUGCCACUAUAAUUCUUGCGUGUGGUACAGACACGUUCGUUACAGACCUUCCGCUUAUCCUCGAGCGCCUUAUCGAGCUCCUAGCGGCGACAUCUACAUCUUCGCCUUCCUCAACUACGCGCGCCGAGAUUUAUAUGGUGGUCCGUGCCCUUGUACUUCGGACUUCCGUUAUCCAUCUUGCGCCUAUAUGGCCAACCAUCAAUGCAGAGUUACACGCAGCUAUAUCCUCUGUGGCAGCGCCAGACAAUAGCGCCUCAUCGGACACUUUUAGCAACACGUCCAUUCUACAGGCCUGCAAGCUAUUAGAUCUGCUCAUCGCUGCAGCACCAGACGACUUCCAGUUACACGAGUGGCUUUUCGUCACGGAUACCAUCGACUCCAUCUACCGAUCUCCUAGCUACCAGCCGGUAGCACUCGUAGAUGAGCUGUCCGAAGAACUAGGCAACGUAGCAUCCAAUGUAACCACCGCAGCCUUACAGACAGAAUCGGCAGCCGCGACAACUAUAAGCGGACCACCUCAGCGCAGGCCGCUUCUAGGCCUCCCGGGAGGUAUCAGCGAUGAAUUGACAGUAGACAGAAAGGACGAGCUGGUAGCCAAGAUAUUGCGGCCGUUCUUCGCACAGCUGAGUAUCUACGCAUUUGAGUCCACGUAUGCCAUGGGUACGUUGGACGUCGAGACGUGUGUGGACAGUCUGUUGAGAGACUUGUUUGAUGAGCGGACGAUUGUUAAAGCCUUGUAA